CAUCAUGGAGGUUUGUGGUAUUUGUAAACGUAAUAGUUCGACUAAAGUUUGUACAUCUUGCCGUCACUAUAUUUGCAGCGAAUGUAUGCCAUCUCAUUUAGAACUGCAGUACUGUAUGAUUGGUAAACAAAAUUCAACUGCCGAUUACUUAUGUGGCAGUCAUACGAAACCUAUUUCAGGAUACUGCAACGUGUGUUGCAAAGUAGUAUGCACAUACUGUAAAAUUCAAGCAGACCAUUCUAUCAUUUCUCCAAGUCAAACAGCAGCUAAUAUCAAGAACGACGUACACUGUAUGAAGGGAGUCAUGAAUGAAAAAUUGACAGAGCUAGCGUAUGAUAAGAAAGUAUAUAAAGAAAAAGAGAAAGAGCUUAUGGUUAUACAUGAAAAAAUAAAAAACCAAGACAAAACAAGAAUGCAUACCAGCCCUUGGUUAGGGGAAUGUAAAGUUGCUAGUAUAGAAGAACAAAUUGAGGAACUAAAAAAGAGUUACCAAAGAAAACAUAUGUUAAUUAAAACAGCGGAAUCUAAUUUAGAGUCAGUUUAUAAAGAAACAUACUCAUUGAGAAUCUUGUCUUCUUGGAUUAAGUUCAAAAGUGCAAUAGAAGACUAUGAUAAAAUAGCACAAUGCAGACAGUUAGGUAAAGCUGCAGCAUUUCACUCAGAUCUCGAAAAUAAAGCAUAUUUGGACAGGAAGUUAGUAAACCCAGGACAUGAGGAACAGUUCCCUCCUCCAAAUCAACAAGUUACAGUUGAUGAUCUUGCAUCACAGUUAAUGACAGUGACAAUAAAUGAUGGGACUGAACACCCUGAUGAGCCCAGAACAAGCGAAGCAUCAUUAAGCACAACGCAAGAUUUGAUAGGUGUGCUUUACACAUAUGCGUCUAAUGCCAAAGAAGCGGAGUGUCAAAAAAGCAAAGGGGUACUAUUUGAAAUAAAAGUAGCUCCUGAAAUGGAAGUCGUCAAGCAACAAACUGAGUAUAUUCUGAAGUACAUGCAUGAAAAAACAAAUGAAUGUUUUGAUAAGGAAAAAGAUUUGGAGACUUUAAAUCACAAAUACGCAAGUUGGACGAUUGAUAUAGACUCAAAAGAAGCAGAAAUAAGAACUCAAUUUGAAUUAGAUAUGAAGACGAAGGACAAACGAAUAGAAACAUACACAAAAGAGAUAGAAAUAAUGGAAUUGAAACUGUUAAAACAAGAAGGAGAAUAUAGUUCCAAACACAAGGAAAUGGAAAAACUAAAAACAGUUACCUUUAAUCAGAUGAAGAAAGCACAAGAGCAGAAUCAAAUCGAGUUUAAGGCAUUAGAAAUUCGUAAUACAGAAUUACAAUUCAGUCUCGCCGAGGAGAAAGAGAAAGUUGCCAAACUGCAGGGAGAGAGGCUUACUUUACAUAAUCAUAUUAUUAUGAAAGAUAAGGAAAUUCAACGAGUGACGAAAGAAAAUGUAGACAAAAAUUUAAGUAUUGCCAAGGAGAAAGAAACUGUAAUAUUGCUUCAACAUGAAAAGGCUUCUUUGCAUAAUCAUAUUAUCAUGAAGGAUAAACAAAUUCAACGCGGAAUGAGAGAAAAGGAGGACAAAAUUUUAAGCUCAUUUCAAAAACAGUUGGAACAGCAAAAAGAAAAGGAAAAACAGUUGAAGUUGAUAUUGAAGGAAAAAGAUGAUAAGAUAUCCGCUUUAAAAAAAGAAAAAGAUGACAAAAUUCAAUCUUUACGAAACGAAAAAGAUGACUUGCAAACAAGACUGAGCAGUAUUGCAGGUGAAAAAUUGACAGCUGGAAAUCCAGCUAUAACAGAUCUUGGUGAUCCGAAUCGGCCAAUGAAGAUUGGUGAAAUGUACGGAGAACUAUAUGAUAAUGAAUGGACAGAUGCAAUGGAUGUCACUGUCGAAGUCAAAGAAUAUUAUCCUGGCAUGGAUUCAUCCGAAAUCGAGGAAAUUGUUAUUCGUCAUUUGUACAGAAUAUUAAUGUGCACUUUUCAUCAAUGUGUGUCUUUUUCUACUGAACAACUGAACAUCAUCAGAAAAAGUAUUUCGACGACACUUCACUUAGAUAUUAAUUAUAAUGACGAAUCUGCUUCAUUUCCUGUGUGUAAGGAAAUCAUUCAAAUCAGAAGACAGAGUACCGAGAAAAGCGUAAAUUUCCUUCUUGAAAAUCAGGUUCUUCAAGAGAAAAUGGUAUUGCAUGACUGGGAAUAUGAAUACAAGAACGAACAUUUGGUAUUAUCAUUAAUGAAAACUCCUUUCUUUGAAAAGUGUAUUCGUCUUUGUUGGUUAAUGGCUAUUCAGGAUCCUAAUAUGCAUUUGGAGGAAGAUCUUCAACCAGGUUCAAAAUUUGAUAAAAACAUAUAUAAAGAAUUUGUACGGAGUGGUGACAAAGUUAGAUACGUAGUUUGGCCAGCAAUGUUCCUGCACAUAGACGGACCAUUGCUCUAUAAAGGUGUUGUCCAAGCAUACUGGCAGCAAUGACUGCAGUGAA